AUGCAAGGUGUAUGUAAAAACUGAAGGAUUGAUAAAAAAUUUCAUUAAUUCCAUACAAAAUGAAAGAAAAGGGACCUACAACAGACAUUUAAAAUUCCGAAGUGACUAUAUGACCGGCAGCCGGUCACGGUUUAUCAAAUACUAAAUGGCCGGCAGUCUAGUGACUAUAGUUAAAGUUGAAUUUUUAUAAGAUAAACCUAUCCCCAACCCCAAACCCUUUUCUAACCCUAACCCCUAACCCUAACCUUUUGAGAGAUAGAAAAGUCGGGAAAAAAAGUUUAAAAAAUUUUAAGAAAAAACAAUGCUAAGUCAGACAAAACACAUCGCGACCCCGACUGCGCUUAACCUUUCCGCACGCAGCGCCCUUGCCGUAUGAGCUAACAGCAAGCUCGGUAAAAGUUAACGCAAACAAAAGUUUUUAUAUUCAACUAUAGUCACUAGACUGCCGGCCAUUUAGUAUUUGAUAAACCGUGACCGGCUGCCGGCCAUAUAGUCACUUCGUUAAAAUUCUUGAAACAAAGAUUCGGACAGACAGUCUAAAUAGUUACAAGUAUUAACUUACUUUAAUUUACGUCAUAGAAAAUGCGAUUUACCUGAAUGCGAGAAAGAAAGCCCCUUGUGGAAACUAUUUCGUGGUUGUGGUCAAGUGUUUGCCAGAUUUGUCAGUCGAAAUUGCUGACAAAGCUCGAGGUCCUUGCAAGGUAGCGAACGAGGCUGUUUUCAACCACGAUCUGAGAGCGACUUUGCAGGAGAACGAAGAAGAGGCAGAAGACACAGAAACCGACGAUGGAAGCGAAGCAGACGACGAUGAUGAUGAGCACGAGAUCCAGCUAGAAGAUGGAAAAAACGAAAGGAAUUGCUGCAAGGAAUCCGACAUUCGAAACGACAUAAAUUUGACACCAACAUAA